AUGGCAAAGUAUCUGAAAGAAGCCAGGAAGACAAGGAGCUUAUUGUUGCUGCUGGGAAUCCUUACCGUUGCCGAAGCACAAUACCAGUGGACCAUAUUUGAUCAGGAUCACAUAGAAUUUUGCUCCGAUAGGAACACCUGCAAUGGACGUCCACAUACGAUGUGCUACGAGGCCAACCAGACCCAUCCGAGGUGCAAGAAGUUUAAACCGCUGGUUUUGGAUGAGAAAAGUAUAAAAAGUUUCAUGAUGGGACAUAACGGGCUACGCAAUAAAGUUGCAACGAAUCCCCAGCGACCUGCUCUCGAUAUGCAGUUGUUGCAUUGGGAUAGCGAUUUGCAGGCCAUGGCUGAAAGAUGGGUUCGCCAGUGCAUCGUGGAAUAUGAUGAAUGCAAAUUUAUUGGUGAUCCGUUCUAUCAGAUCGAACAAAACAUUUUCUUCCAUCCUAAACCGCCUCUUGUGCACUGGGAAGCGCUUGCUUUAAGUACUUGGUUCAAUGAGAAGGAACAUCACAACCCCAACCUUCCACUCAACGCUCUACAGAAGGAAGACGUGUCUAACUACACGCAACUCAUCUGGGCCCGGACACAGUUCGUCGGGUGCGGUGCGGCCGAAAUGCACGGUGGCUAUCUGGUCGUUUGCUACUACUAUCCCCGCGGGAACAUCGUCGCCGAACCGGUGUACACCGUCGGUCCCAAGCCCUGCACCGGCUGCCCGCAGGAGCGCGCCUCCUGUUCGCACGUUUUUCGCGGACUCUGCGGAAUCGACGACCGGCAUUCCGCGGCGUAUCGAUCCAACCCCCGGUCGAUGGCGAUGGCUGCGCUGAUGAUGCUGCUGCUGGUGGCGCAUAAUAGGAUUCGCGCGUUUAAUCCGUGCUGA